CAUAUUGUGCAUGUAAAAACAGAACAUUUCUUUCCUAACAAUUUUCUCUCUAAACAAACACACUACCAAAGGCAAAUUCAGUAGCCAUUAAUCAUUAUCUGCAACUAGCCACCAGGAGAACCACCCCCAUGGAUGAGAUGACACUGGAGCUCGAAUUGCCCGGAUUCCGGUUUCAUCCUACCGAAGAAGAGCUCCUCAACUUCUACCUUAAAAACAUUAUUUUUGGGAAAAAACUCCGAUUUGAUAUAAUUGGUCUUCUCAACAUAUAUCAUCACGAACCUUGGGAAUUGCCCGGGUUGGCUAAGAUUGGUGAGAGAGAAUGGUACUUUUUUGUGCCAAGAGACAGAAAACAUGGGAAUGGAGGGAGGCCUAAUAGGACAACUGAACAUGGGUUUUGGAAGGCAACGGGUUCGGAUCGUAAGAUAGUGAGCUUAUCGGAUCCAAAGCGAGUCUUGGGACUGAAAAAGACUCUGGUCUUCUACAAAGGCAGAGCACCUCGUGGAUCCAAAACUGAUUGGGUCAUGAACGAGUAUAGACUACCUGAUGCAUGUACACCACCAAAGGACAUAGUAUUAUGCAAGAUAUAUAGGAAGGCAACCUCAUUGAAAGUGUUGGAGCAGAGGGCUGCAAUGGAAGAAGAGAUGAAGGCAGCAAUUCAUGCACUUCAACAACCUUCAUCUCCAACUACAUCAACAAUAGACACAACACUCUCAUUUUGUAGCCAACAACAUGAGGAUUCACUAAUCACACAACAACAACAACAUCAUCAUCAUCAUCAUGCGGUUUUCAAGAAAGAAGGUGAUGAAGAAGAGCUUAUUAGAAUAGUUGAUGAUGAUGAGAAAGUGAGGAUGAAUGAAGAAGAUUCAGUGGAGGAGGCCAAAAAAGGGUGUUUCUCAAAUAGUCUGCACUUACCAUCAGAGAUAGAGAAGCUGCCAGACCUCCUACUGCCCAAACCCACCAUGGAUUGGACCCAAGACCCCUUUUGGACACAGCUAAGGAGCCCAUGGCUUGACAACAAUUUCAUCCCAUAUGCCAACAUAAUGAAUUUCUAAUUUUUAUAUAUAAUUAUAUUUUCUAUUUAAAAAAAAAAAAAAAAAAUUAGAAGCUGUAAAAAUGAACGUUUGGUUAAAACGGUUCCUUUUUAUUCAAACAAAAAAAAAAAACCCCAUUAGUGGUUGUAGAUAGAUUUGCUCACAUUUUACUUCGUGGACAUACUUGUGAUCUUUUUUGGGCAGUGAGAAGAACCUUUGAACUGUCUUGCAAGUUUAAGGGCAACCCUUUUUUUGAAUUUUUUUUUUUCCCCAAAAGCUUCAAAGCUUUUCACUAAUCUAAGUUUAGUUGACAGUUCCAGUUGUUCUAUCAAGGGAGGUCAUCAUUAUCUUUC